UGCGGCGCUGUCGGCGGAGGAAGUUUCCGCUCUGCACUCCACCCCGGUAGCAGCUCGGCUGCGGGGACCGACAGCUUCCUCCCGUGGCUCCGCAGCAUUCGCCGCCGCUCCAGCCGGAUCAUGGGGUUACCCAAGGGUCUCCCGGAGGUAGAAACAAGAGAAGAUGAAGAACAGAAUGUCAAAUUGACUGAAAUUCUGGAACUCUUAGUUGCAGCUGGGUAUUUCAGGGCAAGAAUUAAAGGUCUGUCACCUUUUGACAAGGUUGUAGGCGGGAUGACGUGGUGUAUCACCACCUGCAACUUUGAUGUCGAUGUUGAUUUGCUCUUUCAGGAAAACUCGACAAUAGGCCAAAAAAUCGCUCUGUCAGAAAAGAUUGUCUCUGUCCUGCCACGGAUGAAGUGUCCACACCAGCUGGAGCCCCACCAGAUCCAGGGAAUGGAUUUUAUUCACAUCUUUCCAGUUGUGCAGUGGCUGGUGAAACGAGCUAUAGAAACAAAGGAAGAGAUGGGCGAUUAUAUCCGCUCCUAUUCUAUAUCCCAAUUCCAGAAAACCUACAGUCUCCCAGAGGAUGAUGAAUUCAUGAAGAGAAAAGACAAGGCCAUCAAGACAAUUGUUGACCUCACAGAUGUUUACAAGCCCCGCCGGAAGUACAAACGGCAGCAGGGAGCAGAGGAGCUGCUGGACGAGGAGUCUCGCGUCCAUGCUACGCUUUUGGAAUACGGCAGGAGAUAUGGAUUUGGUCGCCAGAGCAAAUCAGAGAAGGCUGAGGACAAGAAAACAACGCUUCCUCAGGGGCUGUCAGCUGCAGAGAAAACAGACGCCCACGAGGAAGAUGAACUGCAAGCAGCUGAGGAGCGCAUUCAGUCACUGAUGACCAAGAUGACCGCCAUGGCAAAUGAGAGCCGCCUCACCGCCAGCUCCGUGGGCCAGAUUGUGGGCCUCUGCUCCGCCGAGAUCAAGCAGGUCGUGUCUGAGUAUGCAGAGAAGCAGUGCGAGCUGUCAGCCGAAGAAAGUCCAGAAAAAUUAGGAAGUUCCCAGUUACAUCGUCGGAAAGUCAUUUCCUUGAACAAGCAGAUUGCACAGAAGACCAAGCAUCUGGAAGAGCUGCAAGCAAAUCAUACCAGUCUGCAAGCCAGGUAUAAUGAGGCAAAGACGACGCUAACAGAGCUGAAGAACCAUAGUGAGAACCUGGACAGAGAGCAGGCAGCCCUGGAGAAAAUCGAAUCCACAGCUGACCCGAGCCUUCUGCAGAACCUGAGAGCGCUGGUGGCCAUGAAUGAGAAUCUGAAAAGUCAGGAGCAGGAGUUCAAAGCACACUGCCGAGAGGAGAUGGGGCGGCUGCAGCAGGAGAUUGAGAACUUGAAAGCUGAGAGAGACAAAAAGACUCUCUCCAGUGAAGAGCCACAGGGUUCCCUGACCUCUGCCAUGACUCACAGUGAAGACUUAGACAGACGGUACAAUCUGGAGAAAGAGAAACUUUACAAGAUCCGUUUACUACAGGCUCGAAGAAAUCGAGAAAUAGCCAUUUUGCAUCGCAAGAUUGAUGAAGUGCCCAGCCGAGCUGAGCUAAUACAGUACCAGAAGCGAUUUAUUGAACUAUACCGUCAGAUCUCAGCAGUGCACAAAGAAACCAAGCAGUUCUUCACUUUGUACAACACCCUGGAUGAUAAAAAGGUGUAUCUGGAAAAAGAGAUUAGCCUGCUUAACUCAAUUCAUGAGAAUUUCUCACAAGCCAUGGCCUCCCCUGCUUCCCGGGACCAGUUUUUGCGACAGAUGGAACAGAUCGUCGAGGGAAUUAAGCAAAGCAGGAUGAAGAUGGAAAAGAAGAAACAAGAGAACAAAAUGAGAAGAGACCAGUUGAAUGACCAGUACCUGGAACUGCUAGAAAAGCAGAGGCUGUACUUUAAGACUGUGAAAGAGUUCAAAGAGGAGGGCCGCAAGAAUGAGCUGCUGCUGUCCAAGGUGAAAGCCAAGGCCUCCUGAAGGUUUCCACCAUCUCUGUAUGUCAUUGAUUUCUUUAACCAUGUGUCAACUACGAGAUCAUGAAGCAGUUUUUAAAGGGGCAGCAGAGAGAUGCAAAUGUAUUAAUUUCAACUCACUGAAUGUUUUCUUUCUUCCAUAUGCUUACAUUUCGUCUCUGCUAGUUUUGGCUGAUGGAGCUCAGAAAGUGUCAACACUGAGGCUUGGAUAAUACCCAAAAUCCUGCGAAGAAACGAGGGCAGUACUGACUUUGUUCAUUAGAUUUUUAUUUCUCCAGUAAUGUAGCAUUUAUGAAGGUACCUAUAUUUGUAUGGGCCCUGUGAAUAAAGGAUUGUUCUGUUCAGCAAGUAUUAAUUGAGCAGUGGCUGAGAAAUAAGCAGUGAGAGAAAGCCAGUGAGUUAUAGAACAGUCCCUGUCCCUCAGGUAACUAACAAGGGACCAGAGAGCAGAUGUAGCCACCUGAGAUCUCCUUCAGUAAGCAGAAGACGCCUGUGUAUUUUGGUCACUUGGGCACUGCACCUGCCAUUGUGCCUUUUGUUCUGGCUUCUCAGGGGCCAAUCUGCAGGCUUGGCUGAAUCUAGAGCAAUUUGAAUAACAGCUCAGUGUUACCUCUUCAACCCUGCAAGCUGCUUAAGUUCUCUUUGCCAUAACAUUGUAGAUGGGCCUCCUGUUGAGGACACUUCUAUGAGAAUCUUACCUUUUUGUAUCUUGGUUAUCUCUCAAGGCAAAUGAAGAGAUGGCCUCUUGUACCCCUCAUUGGAAAUGCAUCAUCCCAUGUUCCUGUACCAUGGUGUAGGUCUAAGUGUGAGCCAGGAGAGGCACACACUGUUUGUGGCUGUCAGGGCAUGCCCAGGGAAAGACAUGAGCAGUUGCUGAGGACAGAUAAUAUUCAGAGGGUAGGAGAGCUUCAUGGAUGAGGCAGCUCUGGGAUCAGGCCAGAGAGGUGACUGAAGCCAGACUCUGAAGGGCCUUGACUGAGGGGUCAGCUUUGUUCUCUGGAGCUGAGCAGUCGAAAGUGAACAGAGCUCCUGCUCUGACUCCAGGACCCUGGCAACUCGGCCGUAAGGUUUCUACUCCUUUCUGUGUGAUGCUUGUGCACCGGGGUCCAGCCAGCAGGUUAAGACAUAAAACAUAAAACCUUGAACAUGUCAAGCAAGUGGGAUAUUGGGUUCAGCCCGAGAAACAUGAUUCAUUUCUAGUUUCCUCAUGAGCUUAGAGGCAGAUGUGAUAGCACAUGCUUUUAGUUCCAGCACUUGAGAGGCUGAGGUUGGAGGAUCGCCAUGAGUUCAAGGCCAGCCAGGUGAUACAGUGAGACCCUGCCUUGUAAAAGCCCCCCCCCCUACAAAAAAAAAAGAACUUAGAUCUACAACAUUAAAAGGGGCCCAAGUGUGUGCUCAGAGUGCUCGUCCAGCAUGCACAAGGCUCUUUUCCACCCCUAGCACCACAUAAACCAGGUGUGGUAGUGGCGUACAGCUGCAGUCCAGCACUCAGGAGGUAGAAGCAGAAGGACUGAAAGUUCAAGGUCAUCUUGACUAUUAGAUAGGGAGUCAGAGGUCAACCUGGGCUCACAAAAAAAAAAACAAAAAAACCCUCCACCCAAGUGGAAUGGUGCGGGUGCGGGUGCGGUGCUGGUGCCGUCAGUCUCUGGGCCUGGGCCUGUGGAGCCUGUAUGACUGGACAGCGGCCAUAGCAUCUGAAAUGCCCCUCACUCCCCUGGGCCAGCCCACUUCCUAACUGGCCCUGGGUGCCUGUCCACUUGCUUUCGGCCCUGCCAGGGUCAUGUGGACAUUGUGAAAGAGCUCAGUAAAGUUAAACACGAGCUACAAAACACAAUCAUGCUGAAUUCAGCUGGCCCAUUAGGUACUUUGGUGGGUUCUGAUGUUAUCUGGUGCCAACACGUGCACCACUGGCUGACUGAACUCUGAGCACUUAGAAGAUUCCUUGAGUGUGUGGCCACAGGAAGAGUGAAGCAGGAGCAGAUAGGGUUGGAGGGCACAGGAGUCCACCUAUCUGUUUGGGAAGGUAAGGCACAACUGAUCCAAAGCAAACAUAAUUGAUUUUGGAAAUGGGAACCUUCAUUUUGGAUGUUCCUCAGAAGUUUGCUUUAUUUUGGUAUCUAGACAGAUAGAUGAAUACCUUAUUUUUUUAAUCUCUAAGGCCUAGUACAGACCAUGACCAUAGUCAUUGUGGUUUGAACACACUUGGAAUGAGGCUGUCAGGGGUCAGUCUUGAGAAUUCCACGUUUACCUCAGACCAUCUACAGCUGCAGCUAUAGACAACGUGUUUGUCAUUCUAAUGUUAGGGGCUAUGCAGUCAGGCCAUAGGUUAAGAGGGGUGCUCUGUAGCCUCUAAGCCCCUUGGGGGAUUAAACUGGAGGGUGACUUCCUAAGGCCAAGCCAACUGUGCCCAGAUAUAAUACAGCAUUAUGCGCUGAGCCUACAGACUUUUCCAGGAAAAAGCAAGGGAAAAAUAUCCUUAGAUGACCUUGUUUUUGAAUGUAUGCUUUCUGGGAAAACAGAAUCCUUACCCCCUACCCAUGCCCCCCACUCCGUCCCCAGGGAAGAGACUGUUCAGAGCAGUGAACCUGCUGACAAGGCUGGCUUCUGGUGCUCAUUGGUCUCUGCAUCCACUGCCUUGUCUCCUACAUGCUUCCAAUAGCGCAUCUGGCUGCUCUGACCUAAACCAAACAGAGCAAGUACUGUGCACGGCAGGAGAUUAGAUGGAGGUGAGGGGCCUGGGGAGAUGCUGGAACAUUCUGUUGUCAUCUUCAGGCCCAUGUUUAGGGCUCGUGGUCAACUGGGGUUGAGCAACACCUCUAGGGGGAGGCGCAGAGGGUUAGGAAAGGCACCAGCCAUGUCAGAAGGUGUGUUCUUAACCAAAUCCAGGUUUGCCAUGUGUGCAGUCAUUAGAGUCUGACCUUCUGGCCGGAUAUGGUUCGGGUUUGUAGCUCUUAUGAGGACCACAGAGCCCUCCCACCAGGUCUGCUGAGUGUGGCAGUGGACAGAAGGCAGAUGCACUGGUGCAGGUCGGAGGUCUUUUUCUUUGCUAGGCUGUUCUCUGACAUUUCCUGAGACCUUGAGCACUGCAUCCCUCCUACUACCUCACAAAGUGCCCUUCCCAGUGCAUUAUCACCCUGAGGGGCUCUUGAUCAGUCUCCUGCAGAGCAGACCUGCCUGUAGCAGCAGUUGGAUGCUGAGCCCCAGGCCCAUGCCUCCUGGAUUUCUGCUGCCUCCCCAUUAUCAUCUUUGAUUGUGCACUUUGUUUAAGAGGGAAUUGGGUGUCUUUGGUCACAAAGAAAAGAAAGAAAAGUACAAUGAAGGGCUUGGUCACAUGAAUGUCAUCAUCUGUCUCCAGGGCUGGGUAUGGCCACAGGAAGUGUCAUGACUGCAGCGUCUUAGAACUCUCCAUGUUGUCACUCUGGCUUUAACAUUCUGAAUGUACCUUCUUCCUGCACAUGGAGGUGGGCUGAGAUGAUAAAUAAAAAUGAAUGCUAUAUUCCCGCUGGCCACAGUAAAUACACUGCAUGCGAGCUGGAGGGGAAUUUAGCACCUUGUAUGCAUUGUAUUUGAUACCAUGAGAAUCUGUAUCACAUCAGCCUACAACCGUUUCCAUGAGUCAAACUCCAUGGAUUUUUCUUCCUCCCGUGUCCCCUCCAACAUCAUGGGCAGAGAGUUUCUGUGACUACCUAAUCCAUAUACAAGCCCCUUUUGUAAUGGCCUCCAUGUCCUAUUAGAAGUUAGUCUCCCCAUCCCUGCUACCUGUCUAGUGGCACAUGUCCCUACUUGAAUGUCUCAGUCCUUUUCAAGGAAUCCACCUGCCCUCUGGAAUGUGUAAGGGCAGCAGCAGCAGGGGACCUUGCCCACCUCACCAUGGUGUCCCCAGCUUCUGGCUCAAAGCAGAUCAGGAAUUUCUGCUUGAUUGAAAAUUAGCUGUCCAGUCCACACCCUUGCAUCCUGGUGGCAGCAAAGGUUGGAUUGACCAUACUGUAUGCUUAGUUUGAAAACAGGCUAACAGUUCCACUCAGUAGCGUAAGAGGACGUCUUGGAAAAUGAAGGUUGGGAUGAACAGUGGUCAGUUUUCAAACCUGUCAGCAGGAAAACCUUUUGGAGAUGACCAUUAUGGUAGCAGGGGAGCAGUUAUCUCACGUAAGAUCAAAAGUAUGUUUGGGCUUCAGAUGUUUCACCUUAGGGUGACUGGAAGGCAGAAGUACAUCUCAGCCACUUGAGAUCAAUGUGUGGGAUGAUGUCAUAAGGCUGUGGGCACCAACACUUGAUGCAGCAUUGGCAGAACUGUGAAUUACAUAGCCUCUUUGUUGGAAAGUUGGAUAAUAUAUACCACAAGUGCAAGCAUACAGCCUUUUGUACCAGCAAUACCAUGUCUAAGAAUUUUACUAUGUACAAAGAUUAUUAUUGAAGCAUUAUUUGUAAUAGCAAAAAAAAUUGGCAACUACCAUCAGAGCAGAAUGGUGAAAAGGUUAUGGCCAGUCCCCACAGGGGAGGAUUUUGAAGAUUUUUAAAGGAACAGAACUGUUGUAUGUAUAUUGCCAUAGAAUGGUCACAUGAUCUUCAGGUCACAUGGUUUGGUGGGAUAAGAAAAAUGUGCAUGAUAUACUAGUGUUUGGAAUAGAGAAAAAUAAAUAUGUGUAUGUAUAUGUGUGUGUACAUAUGCUCACACAUGUCUAUAACACGUCUACUUGCACAUGCCUGGAGUGUCUCUGGGAAUUUACACGGCAACCUAACAGCCUUGGUUGCCUAUGGGAAGACGUGUGGGGUUGACUUUUCACCGUAUACCUUUUUUACUCUCGAAUUUUGUACCAUGUACAUGUAUUAUCUAUUCAAAAAUAAAUAGUUUUGAAAUUUAA